AUGUCUCUUGUCCCCGUCGACACCACGCUGAAGGUUCCUCCUCCGGACCCUGUUCAGGAACCACCCAAGGUGGCUAUCACGCCAUGUGAGGGACUGCCGGUACGCUAUUAUUUCGAAGGAGGACUGCGUCGCGUGUAUCCGUACCACUACACCUACAAUACAUACUGCAAGGAACGCUGGCGAAACAGGGAGUUGAUAGACAUCUUCACCUCUGAAUUCCGCGACCGCGAACCCGGCUACUACAAAAAAGCCCUCGAAAGCGGCAACGUCUGUGUGAACGGUAAGCCCGCCGGCCCGCACACCGUUCUCAAAAAUGGCGAGGUCAUCUCGCACACCCUCCACCGGCACGAACCCCCCGUAACCGGAAAUGAGAUUGGCAUCAUACAUGAAACCGACGAUUUACUGGUUAUCGACAAACCAGCGGGCGUUCCCGUGCACUCAACAGGACGGUACCACUACAACAGCGUGAUGGAGAUCUUGCGGAUCCAGAACGGAGGCGCAUAUGUGCCACGCCCUUGUAACCGCUUGGACCGGCUGACGAGCGGUGUCAUGUUUGUGGGCAAGACAGCGCAGGGGGCGGAUCGGAUGACUGUGAAAUUAAAAGAACGCACCGUGCAGAAGGAGUAUGUUGCGCGCGUGAAGGGGCGGUUCCCCGAUGGUGUUGUUGUUGUCGACCAGCCGAUUAUGAGUGUCAGUCCAAAGGUUGGACUGAACCGGGUCAGAGCAACGGGCAAAGAAGCCAAGACGAAGUUCAGGCGGUUGGCGUAUUAUCCCCCGCCGUCUCCUACUACAUCUACUUCCGACGAGGGUGAGAAUGCUAGACCAGCAACACCGCCCCCUUCGUACGUCAACGAAAGCGAGGGCUACAGUAUUGUCCACUGUUUUCCGCUUACUGGCCGCACGCACCAAAUCCGCGUGCAUCUACAGUUUCUGGGACACCCGAUCAGCAACGACCCGAUUUACAGCAAUAGACGCGUGUUCGGGCCUGAUCUGGGUAAGAAUGACUCGUCUGCGGAUCUGGACGAGGAAAUUAUCGAUCGGCUGAUGGCGAUGGGGCGUACGGAGGUCCCGGAUAUAGGGCCCGUUGAAACGCCGAAACCAAAGCCAGCGCUGUCCACAAAACCACCCUCAGAGCAACCGUCAGGAGAGCAAAGCACGAGCUCAGACAAAGGCGAGGACAAGGACCAGGUCUCCUACCGAACGCACUUCACAACACCUCCUCUUCUCCCGCCUGGGACCUCAGCAUCCGUUGUCGAAGCAAUAAUGACAAAAGAGCACGAGGCAGCCGUGGCCGAAUACCAAAAACGCAAGGGUGAAAGACUUUCCGGCGAGAAGUGCGACGUAUGCGGGACAGAGCUGUAUACCGAUCCAGGUGUGCAUGAGCUGGGUAUAUUUUUACAUGCGGUUGCGUACUCGGAUGCCCACGGCGAAUGGAGCUACCGCAGUAAGAUGCCCAGUUGGGCACGCCCCCCCAAGGGCGUCGAGGGACCGACGGAGGUGCCGAAGUGGGUUGAGGAGGAAGAAGGGAAGGAAGUCGUUGUUGGCGAUGGGGUAGUGCCGGACAUCGGAGUUGAUGAGGGGGAUGUUGCGAAGAAUGAGAAAAGGAAGGGGAAGCAGGGUGCUACUGCCCUGGUUGAGGGGGUGGGCAUGAUUGAUAUCUCGGCGGCAAGGCAGGCGGAGUCUGAAGAUGUUGCCACAGCUGCUGCCGGGACUGCUUGA